AUUAUCGUUGUUUGACAAUGAUAUAUCGAUAUCUUUUACUCAAUAUAUUUAGCUCAAUAUUAUCGAAGACAAGUAGCUAUCCUUAAUAUCGGUUGUGCUUAGUGUAACAAUGGCGCGAGCGAGCGAUUACAUUUUUGAAUUCAAACCUUUCAAGCCAGGUCUGCCCUUACAACUAAAUUGGAUUUUAUUGAGUCCAAUGUAACUGAAAAUAAUUUAUAAAUUUAAUUUUUAUAAUUAGGUCACUCCUUAUAACUAAUAGUUAUAAGAUAAAAUAUAGUUGUAUAGUAAAUGACAUUUGACUUUUCACAAAUGUGAUUAAUAAUGGAUUAAUUGAGAAAAUUGUUUUAAAAUAAACCAAAAUAAUCUGUAACCCAAUAGGUGCCUGAGACAGCACACUUUUGUAAAGUUUCGCUGACGAUUUGUUUACUUAAAACAUCAGUAAAGUCAAGUGUGCGAAAAUUGGCACUUAAGCCCCACUUGAAAUCGAAUCAACGGUACAAUAUCGCUAUUUAGCAUGCAAUACAAAUAGUGUAUAUGAUGCGAUGGCAUGGCAAAUGAACUUAAGGACUUUGCAGUAAUAAAUAUCGUACAUAAAUACGUACUUAAGCUCAAGAAGUCAAACAAAAUCUGCAUAAAGUGGCUGCGAACAAACAGUUAGCGACAACAAAGACGAAGACACAUGCAAACACACACACACACACACGCAUUCACACUGAUGAACAGGCAGCUGGCUUCACGCUGCUGUGAUUGGCUGCAAGGCGGCCAUUUUCUGUACGGUCCACAGCAGACGAAUACACACCCACACAUGCGUGCGCCUGCUAGCAUGUUGUGUACGUGUGUGCGGGUGGUUCGACAUCGUUUGUUGGAAAAAUGAUUCAGUUCGAAAAACGCGCUGACAAAUUGAGGACACGCUCGAGUGCGCAGCGGAACGGCGCAUUGCUUAAGAUUUGAGCUAAAGGAAAAAAAAAUCAAAUACACGUUCUCGGUUGCAAGGGGUGCGUGUGUCAUUUUCCCCCCUGAACUACACCCCUUCAGAAGACAAACUAACCAACCAGCUACUUGGAAUUGUUGUCGCAGUCUCAGUCUCAGUGGCAGUGGCAGUCGCAGUCAAGUGUCGUUCGGUUCUCGACGUGUAGUUCAAGUGCAUUUUGGCAAAUUGUUGUAUUUAUUUUAAUUUAAAGUGCCUCUUCAAGAGCUCAAGUGAUUCGGAAUUGUGCCAAAGCCAAAGUGCAAUAAAUAAUAAUGUUGCAGCAUCAUCAACACCAGGCACAAACCGCCGGCUACUAUGAUUACAAUCAAACACCUAGUCCGGGCAGCAUGACAAAUGCGGAUGCCCUCAACACAACUCCAUUCUCAGUCAAGGAUAUACUCAAUAUGGUCAAUCAAACCGAGGCCUACGAUGCUGGCUAUGGACAUCUCGAUAGCGCGACGGCAGCUUCAACGCUCUAUGGCGCCGGCGAUUACCAGCUUCAUCAGCAUCAGCAGCAUCUCCAGCUCCAGCAGCAACAGCAGCAGCAUCAACAGCAACAGCAGCAGCAGCAUCAGCAACUGCAGCACCAUCAGCAGCAACAACAACAGCAACUGCAAAAUCAUUUAGUUGAGCAUGAUGAGGAUGCCAUGGCCACGACUUCAUCGCUGUCGCCUUUGCUGCCACCGCCACAUGGCCAUCAUCCCCAUGCACAUGCCCAUCAUCAUCAUCAUCAGCUGUACGCUGGCUAUCAUCAGGACUAUGGCAUGCCAGCGCACAUGUUCCAGCAUCCACAUCCGCACGCGCAUCAAGGCUAUCAGCCCGCCUACAAUGUGUCCGCCUCGCAAUUCUAUGCGGGCAACGCUUCCAAUGCCUAUCAGACCUCCUCCGCCGGCUACAACUACAACUAUGCGACCGCAGCCUCCGCUGUCGCCAGUCCUGGCGAUCUCUAUGCCAGCGCUGCCUCCGCCUCCGCCUCCUCCACGCUGCCCUCUGUUGGAUCACCCGUUGUCUCCAAUGCUGCUGCUGCUAUUAUCGCUGCCGGCACCAUCAAGAGCGAGUAUAUUCCCACGCCCUAUGUCACGCCCUCGCCCACCCUCGAUCUGAACAGCUCCACGGAGGUGGACGGCGGACAUGGAUCGGCGAACAAGCUGGCCGGGAAUGGCAUCGCACAGAGACUGCUCGAUCCACAGCGAGCGGGAGAGUGUGCCAAGCGAAAGGAGAGUCAGGUGACUUCAUCGCGCGCUGAGCUGCGCAAGAACAGCAGCCAAAAUGGAAGUGGGAACGGCAGCAACAACAGCAACAGCAGCAAUAACAACAACAACAAUUCGACUGGAAAACCGCGAAUGAAGCGCAAACCUCGUGUGUUAUUCUCUCAGGCACAAGUGUUGGAGUUGGAGUGUCGCUUUCGCAUUAAGAAAUAUUUAACCGGCGCCGAGCGAGAAAUCAUUGCACAGAAACUGAAUUUGUCGGCGACGCAGGUGAAAAUCUGGUUCCAGAAUCGACGCUACAAAUCGAAGCGCGGCGACAUCGAUGGCGAUGGCAUUGUGAAGCAUCAUCAUCAGCUGCAGCAGAAGACGGAGCCAACGGGAGGCAGCUCUUUGCCUCCCCCGCUGCCCAAUCACAUGAUGUGGCCAAGUGCAGCACAGCAGCUGCAAUAGGAUAAGGGAAAAGGAUGUGUUUCAUGCUAAUUUAUUACAGCUCCAAUGCCUCAUUAACUCUAGUACCUUGUUGUAUAUACUUGAUUACUUAUUAUACUAUAUUAUAUAUUUUACUGUUUUUGGACAAUAAAUAAAGUUUAAGCACAAGCAAAAAGGAUCAAAUCGUUGUCUUACAGCUGGGGAUGGGGUUGGGAUAUAUAGAUAGCUUGUACUAUAUAUAGAUAGAUCCAUUAGGCACCGCAUCUGCGCCGUAUAAUGGUUGUGUUGUCGAACUGAACGGCGCAUAAAUCAAUUUUAUCAAAAUGAAACGAUCAGUUUUAUGAAUAAAUGAAGAAAACACACACAGACACAGAUACAGACACACACGAACAAUUUCCGUUUUUGAAUUCUUUUUGAAAAUGUUUUCCUUUCGCUUUUCGCAAUGAAUAACUCGGCAAAGGGUUGCAGACAGGGGAAAUCGGGGAAUGGGGAACCGGGAUACGAUUUCGAUUUCGAUUUCGUGGUGUUUUCGUGUCUGCGGCGGCAGACAUUACAAAGGUUGCUUUUAUGAAACGUUUAAGUGGCCGCAAUGCAACUGUAAAAUGUUUUCCUAUAUCUAAAAGAUACAGAUACAGUGCACAGCUAAAGAUACAGAUGCAAGGCAGCAUCCCUCACCCCGAAUCCCAAUCCCAAUCCCAAUUCCGUUUCCCGAUCGAGCUCUCGACAUUUAUGACAGCCCCCGCGGCGCAUUGGGCUAAUAUUUCAUGGAGUGUGGGGCCAAAGUUGAUG